GUGACAUUCACGGACUCUUAUUUCCAUCAUUGUGUGCAUAUCUUAUAUUAUAAUUGCAUGAAAAAUUCAUAUAAACGAUAAAAUUUGUUGAUAAUCUUUUCUUUUAUAUCGUAAAAUUUCAGAACUAUUCGCCAAAACGUAUAUCGUAGAAAUGGGAACAUUGGAAUUAAAACAAACUUUAAGUGGUCAUAGGGGAAGGGUGUGGAAUGUUUGCUGGCAUCCAAAGGGUAAUUAUCUCGCAUCUUGUGGUGAAGAUAAAACAAUUAUAAUAUGGGGACCACAAGAUCCAAAAUGGGUUGUAAAAACUAUCCUUACCGAGGGUCAUACUAGAACUAUUAGAGAAGUGGCAUGGUCUCCUUGUGGAAAUUAUAUAGCUUCUGCUAGUUUUGAUGCAACCACUGCUAUAUGGGAUAAAAAGUCUGGUCAAUUUGAAUGUAAUGCAACAUUAGAAGGACAUGAAAAUGAAGUGAAAAGUGUUAGUUGGUCUAGUAGUGGACAGUUGUUAGCUACUUGUAGUCGUGAUAAAUCUGUUUGGAUAUGGGAGGUAAAUGACGAUGAAUAUGAAUGUGCUGCUGUUAUUAAUGCUCAUACUCAAGAUGUGAAAAAGGUAAGGUGGCAUCCUAAUGAAGAAGUUGUAGCAUCUGCUAGUUAUGACAAUACAGUAAAAAUAUUUAAAGAGAAUACAGUGGAUAAUGAUUGGUCAUGUGUGGCAACAUUAUUAUCCCAUACAUCAACAGUUUGGAGUCUUGCAUGGGACAAACAGGGUAAACGAAUUGCCACUUGUAGUGAUGAUCAAACAGUAAAAAUAUGGCAAGAAUAUAAGCCUGGUAAUGAACCAGGAAUCAUUACUGCAAACAAUGAAACAGUUUGGAAGUGUGUGUGUACAUUGACUGGCUAUCAUACAAGAACAAUUUAUGAUAUUGAUUGGUGCAAAACAACUGAUUUGUUAGUGACUGCUUGUAGUGAUGAUAUUAUUAGAAUAUUUAAAGAAGAUAGUGAUUCUGAUCCUCAUCAACCAACUUUUACAAUGGUCUGUUCUAUGGACACUGCUCAUACUCAAGACAUAAAUUCUGUACAAUGGAAUCCUACUGUUCCUGGACAACUUGCGUCAGCUAGUGAUGAUGGUUUAGUGAAAAUUUGGUUUUAUAAUGAAUAA